UCAAAAUGUCAAAAUGUAAAUGUGUACACAAAUAAAAAUUUUGUUUUAAUUAAAUAACAUACAUUCUGAGUUUUUAAUUAAUUAAAACUUUUUUAUUGUUGUUUUUUGACUCUACGUAAUAUUUGUUAAAGAAUUUUGUUAGAAUAAACAUAUGGUAAAAGUUUUGUAACCUAAAAAUUAAAAAAUGAUGGAACAUACUCAGAUGUCAAAUAGCUUAAAAAAAAUGAGAACUUCUGUUCACUUUAAUACACCAAAAACUUCACAGUCGCCGAGAAAUCCAAAAUAUCCUAGCAAAUUAAUUCCAACUCGCAACAAACUUGACUCUUACAAUGUAAUUAAAUACCCAGUAACAACAGAGUCCGCGAUGAAAAAAAUAGAAGACAGCAAUACCUUGGUCUUCAUCGUGAACCGCCAGGCAAAUAAAAACCACAUCGAAUCAUCAGUCAAGAAGCUGUACAACGUCAGCGUAGCUACUAUAAAUCUUACCAAUUCUCCAGGAGGCGAUAAAAAAGCCUACGUCCGUCUCACAGAGGAACACGAUGCCCUGGACGUCGCUAACAAGAUUGGUAUCAUCUAGAUUUAAAAUAAAGGAUUUCAAAAAUUAAAAAAUUCGCGGUAAAUGUUUCUCGACAGGCGGCGCUUAAGUCGCGAGAUGAAAUUAAAUAAAGAUGAGGUAUCUUAGAUUUAUUAAAAAAAAUUUAACUAUUUAUUUAAAUUGAAGGGUGAUUUUUCAGCUUUUCAGCUGAUCAACGGGCCACGUGGUAGGUAGUCCAACUAUUUAGAAAUCUUAUUAAGAGUCCUUUUUUCUUUGGUCA